AUGCUGUUAGCCACGGCACCGCCUGAUACUGUGACGUUUCUGCUGGAGGUGGAGGAGGUGGCCGGGCUGGCCAAGCAGCUGGAGGCGUGGCGGCGCGACAUCUACCAGCCCCUGGCAAUCGAGGUGUUUGCCCAGAACUGGGGCUACGCACUGCCGGGCGCACCUGCUCAGCAGCAGCCCUCCCAGCAGGGUGGUGAGAAGCUGCUGGAGCGCUGGACACUGCGAUACGGCGCCCUCACGCCGGGGACCCAGCCGGGCCAGGGGGCUGGCGCACGCGCAGGCGGCAGCGACGAUGCUGCGGUUUACAAACGCAUGAUCUUGCUGGUGCGGUCCCUCCACAGCUAUGUGCGGGUGCUACCAGCUUACCGCAUGUUCAGGGCAUGCAAGCGCCACCCCGGCCAGCCGCCCCUGGAGCUGCGCUACCGGCUGCUGGUGCUGGGCGCUGACGGGGCCGCCCGCGCCGCCCUGGGAGAGGGCCCGCAGGGUGCCCAUGGCGGCGCGGGGGGCGCCCCGGCCGCUGCGGGCCCCAGCCGGCCGCUGCGCUCCUCGUUCACGUUCUCCCCUGUGGAGACGGCCGGUGGCGGCGCGCUGCAGGUGGCGGUGGAGUUUGCACCGGCCAGCACGGUGCACAUCCUGGAGCACGCAGCCGCGCCGCCGCAGACCUCUGCCCCGCGCAUCAUACCCGACUACGUGGGGGGUGGCAGCGGCGGCGCGGCCGCUGGGGGUGGCCCCGCGGACGGCGGCGUGAGCGGCAGCGGGCUGCUGGCGGGCGGCGGCAGGCAAGGGGGUGCGGCCUAUGCGCGAUCUGCGCCAGGCGGCGGGGGCGUGGCGCUGCUGACCGGCCCCCCCGCGGGCGUUGGCGGUCCAAGCGGCGGCCCGCACCGCUCACCCGCUGUUCCGAGCACUGCUGCGGCGUCUGCGUCACAGCUCUCGGCGGGCGAGGGCGCCCACGGCACGCCUGCCGGGCCCGCGGGCUCCCCGCUGCAGCUGCUGCGCUCGGCCAGCCUACGUUCGCCUGCGGUCGUGCGCCAGAGCUGGGGCAGCCGCGAGGUGCAGGCGCACGUUGUGUACCGCGGCUUCAAUGCGCCGGGAGGCAGCGCGGCGGCCGGCGGCGCCGGCGCGUCGGGCCACCACGCACACCGCCGCUCGUCGUCGUCCGGCUCCGCGGCCGGCGGCGCCACCCACUGGCCGCCCGGCGGCGGUGGUGGUGCGUCCGCUCUGGGGACGUCGCCCAGCACUAGUCAGCACCUGGCGGGGCGCCCGCCCCUCCCGCUGCCGCAGUCGUCACCCAUCACGGCACCGGGCCACCCCCCGAGCAGCCCCACAACGCCGCUGUCGCUGCCGCGGCCGUCGCCGCUGCAGCGGUCGUCGAGCGGUGCCGGCGGUGGGGGUGCGGCGUUUUUCUCCGCAUCGCCGCCGACGCCGCUCGCGCUCGUGGCGGCGCGUGCGGGCAUGGCACCGUUUGGUAGCAGCGCGCCUGCACACGCAGCCGGCAGUGCGGGACUGCCCCCAUCCGGGCACCGGCCUCUGCCGGGGCAGUCCCCCAACCAGUCACCACGACAGCAGCUGGGGCGCUCUCGACACGCACACCCUCCCGGCGCUCACCCACUCCAGCAGCAGCAGGCGCAGCAGCAGCAGGCGCAGCAGCAGCAGCAGCAGCAGCAGGUGCAGGCACAGCAGCAGCAGCAGCAGGCGCAGGCGCAGGCACAGCAGCAACAGCAGCAGCAGCAGCAGCAGCAGCAGCAGCAGCAGCAGGCGCAGCAUCAGCAACAGCAGCAGCAGCAGCAAACCCACUCUGCCGCAGCACACCUGCAAGCGCACCUGGCGCGAGAGGUGCAAGCACAGCGCGGGCUGCAGGCUCAGGCCCGCCCACCCCUUCGCCCGUCAGCACCCGCCGCUAUCCUGCAGGGCUUUGAGGCCCCGCAGCAGGCUGCCGGCUCGGCUGAAACCACCACGCCUGCGCCGCACCGUGACGGCGCGCAGGGCGCGGAGGAGUCUUCCAAGGUUGCAGCCGCUGCCGCAGGCGUGGAGCGCUCUCAGCCGGCGCCCCAGGCUUCCACGCCGACCACGGACACCGCAUCGGCACCUGAGCCCCAAGGUGUGGAGGGCUCAUGCGCGGAGGCUGCGGUUGACGCGACCUCUGCUGCGGAGGGAUGCCUGAGCAGCAUUGGGAGCAGCAGCAGCACCACCACCACCACUACCAGCGCGGGCGCGGGCGCGGCACAGCAGGUUUGCGCGAGCGCCACGGCCGGCAGCGCGCCGGUUGCCAUCCCUGGCCGUGGCGCCCGCGGGCGCGCGCGCUCCGUCACAGACCUGCCGACCCUGCGCAUGGCGGGCGCGUCGGCCGCUGGCGAGGGCGGCCUCAGCCGCGCCAUGGCCCGGGUGGCAGCCGGCGCCGGUUCCUCGCAAGCAGGCGACGGCGACGGUGUUGGUGACGCUGCGCGCAGCACCGCGCUGUCGCCGCCGGCAGGGGCUGACGCGCGCGCGCGGCUCCUGCGCGGGGUUCUGCCGUCGCCGACGGCAUCGCCAUCUCCGCCUGUCUCCGGCCGCGACAUCACUGCGCUCGCCACCAUCCGGCGGCCGUCGUGGAGUGGCCGCAGCAUCAUACUCUCAGCGGGUGCGGCUGCGUCCGUGGCAGGCGCAGCGGGCGGCGUUGCGGCGUCGGCGUCGUCGCCCAAGUGCGGUGGUGGCGGGGGUGGCGGCGGUGGCAGCAGUGGCGGGGGUGCGGGCAUGGGUUUGAGCGUGUCGCCCCUGCUAGGUGGUGAGGACGACCUGCUGGGCGGCGGCCUGGGCCUGGAGACCAGCGGCGAGAGGCGCGACAGCGACGCGGGCGGUGGCGGGGACGGCGGGCGGCCGCGCCACAGCAGUGUCAGCAGCAUGGGCGGGCAGCAGCAUGACGCCGCCGCCGCUGCGGCGGCGUCCGCAGCGGCCGCGCACAGCAUGGCGCAGCACUCGCAGCUGUCCCGACACCAGCACCACGCGCACCAGCACGGCCUGGCCCACACGCUGGGCCCUGGCCCCGAUGAGUCCGAGAGCGAUGUCCUGCCGUUCGCUCUGGACUGCGACUUGCCGGCCCCGCUGGGUGGUGUGUCGAACGCAGCGAACCUGGGUGGCGCGCGCGGCGGCACCAUUGCUGGCACGGCGGCGGCCGCGGCGCGCGAGCGCGACCUGGAGGUGUGCGCGUUCAUCCGGUCGAUGCAGGACGCGCCGCCACUGUGCAGCCAGUGGCCCUGGGGCUGCGGUGUGGGGACAGUCGGCGACGCACUGCUGGCGGUCGAGCAACUCGCCGCGCGGCUGCAGCCUGUACUGCUGCCCCCCCGCUGA